AUGAGUGAUUAAGAGUACGGAGAGGAUUACGAAAAUGAGGAAUAGCAGAAUGAGUAGGAGAACGAAGAGCAAAACGAAAAUAUGGAGUAGUCUAAUAAAAACUAAUCUUAAGCUAAUAAUAAUGAAGAUGAGAACAAUGAGCAAUAGUAAAUAUUUAGAUAUUAAUCAUAAAGGUAAAAUGAUAAUGAUGGAGAUGAUGAAAAUCAGGACAAUAAUGAGUAGGAUUAAUAAUAGGAGGAGCAACAGAACGAAGAAGAGAAUUAAGAUAAAGAGAAUUAAGAUAACGAGGGUGAGAAGGAAGAGGAUCAAUAGGCAGACUAAAUGGAAAAGUCAUAAUAAAAAGAAGAAGAACAAGAGUAGGAGGUUGAGGAAAGCUAAUUUGAAUAAUCAAUGUAAUCGGAAAAGAAUGUCAAUUUAGAAAGUAUCGAUGCUGUAUCUGUAAAGAUCAAUAAGGAAGAAAAAGGAACUUAAAAAAAAGCAGCCAAGAAGGCAACAAAGACAUCUAAUUAAUAAGACAUGGUCAAUUAAUUGAUGAAGAAGCAUAAGGAAAAGCAAUAGAAGAUGCAAAAGAGGGAAGAUGAAAUAUAUGUACAGGAGAAAAUAGAAAAGAAAUAACCCAAACCCUAGCCUAAACCAAAAGUAAUUACAAAAUAAAAGUUAACAUUUGAUAAACAGACAAAAGCACAGCUUGAAGAUCCUUAAUUAAAUAAUCAGCAAAAAGCUGCAAUUUUAACUAAGGAUUUAGGGAAGAAGUUGGAUGUUCAAGUGGUAGUGAAGGACGUUCCAAAAAAAAUGGAGGUAAAAAAACCAGGGAAGGGAAGUGAAGCAAAGCCAAAGAAGAAUUUGUUUGAUGUUAGAAUUGGGGCAGGAAUUAAAUCCAAAUUAGACAUAGAGUCGGAAGACAAAUCUUAAAGGGAUAAGGAGAAAGAACGUAAUGCUUUUCUUGAGUAAAAAAAGAGAGAGAAGGAAUAAGCAAUAAAGUUUUAAUAAGAGUAGGAUGAAUUAUUAAAAAUUAAAUAAAAUAACAUCAGAAAAGCUUAAGAAAAAGCCUUGGAGAGAGAUAAUAAGGUACUUCAAGUAAACACUGAGAAGCAAUAAGAAAUAAAAUAAGUUUAUGAAGCUAAAAAAAAGGAGUUGAUUAAAGAGAAGGAGGAGGAUAACAAGGAUCAAAUUAAAAAAGACUUGGACAUCUUGAGAGCCCUAAGAAAGGAAAACAAUCUAUUGAAUGAUGAAGUUAAGAAUUAGGAGAUAAGGAUUAAGGAAUUGGAUAAAUUGAUUGAACUAGAAAGUAGGAAGGAGAAUGUGAUUCAAAUUAAUGGUGAAUAUUAAAGUUUAAGAAAGAUAAGACUAAAAUAAGGCUUGGAUGAUUUAAAAACAGAAUUAGUUAGUGGAGAAUAAUCGUAGGUUUUAGGAGAUGGAAAUAUAUCAGAUCCUGAUAUUGCCCUAACAGUAGCCAAUUAGAUUGCCAAAAAUGAUUUAAAAUUGAAUGAUGCUUAUGCUUUAUUAGAUGAAGAUAAAGACGGUGUUUUAACAAUCAAAGAAAUCUAGAAUAACAUUUGCAGACUUAAUUUAAAUAUUAAGGAAUAGGAAAUACAGCAAUUCAUAAAAAUGUUGGAUAAUAAUAGUGAUGGUGUUCUUACCGAAUAGGAAUUCAUUACCUUUCUAACUCCAGGGUUGGAGAACCAAAAGUAGUACAUUUAGAUUAUGGGUGACAUUAAGGAUAUCUUGAAUCCUAUAAUAUUAGAAGAAAGAAGGUUGCAUUUGAAAUAUUUACAGAAGUAUUUAUAAAAAGAAAUUGAAGAUGAAAAUAAGAAGGAAAGAGAAUAAAAACCAAAGUAUGAUAAAUUGGUUAAGAAACUAAAAAAAAUAGAGAAAUUAGUUGAGUCUUUGAAAGGUACAACAUCUGAUAAGGGGAAAGUUAAAUAACAAUGUGAUUCAUUAAGAUAAGAAUUAAGAUCAAUUCAAGACAAAAGAAAUAAAGUCAUAGCUGAAUUGGAUGAUAAGAAAUAGAUGAUCAAAGAGAAUAUUGAUCAGUUAAUGAAGGAUCUUGGAGACAGAUGCUAAGAAGUAUUAUUAAUGAAGGAGAAAUUAAAUUAAGUUUAAACUUAAUGUCAAAGAUUACAAUUGAAAUUGUUAUCGAUGGAUUAAAUGAAAAAUAAGUAUAAGAAGGAGUUGAAAAUUAAAAAUGAAAUUGAAAUAACAGGAGGAUAAAAGCAGAAUGUUCUCUAAUAAUUAAGAUUGAAAGAAGAGAAGAUAUAAUAAUUGGAAGAUGUCAAAAAUUUAUAGUAUAUGCACUAUGUUAUAAUUGUAUAAAAAUGCACAAGAGGAUUCCUAAUGAAGAAAAGAUUAACUAAAAAGUUACAAGAUUUAAAAAGCUGUGCGAAGCGUUUGAUGGCAUUUAUUGAAAAAAAACAUAGGCAUUAAAAGAUCCAAGGUCUUAAUUUGUUAGAAGAAUUUAUAAAGUAACAAAAGAAAUUAGAGAUAGCAAGAAAAGAAUAAGAACUAUUGAAAUAAUAAGAAUAACAAAAGAAAAAAUUAAAGGAUAAGAAAGCAAAUAAAGUAGAAAGAUUUAUUGCUCAAUAAUUUGUUAGUAUUAAAACUGAAGAAAGGUUAAAUAAUUUAGAAUAAACAUUAUCAAUAAUACCAAGAGUUAUUUUAAUACAAAAGAUAUUUAGAAAAAAUAAAAGGGGAAUUCCUAUUUCAAAUUAAGCAAUAAAUGUUUGUUUUGGCUUAGGUUAUAGUGAGAAUUGUUAAAUUUGCAAAACAGACUUAGCAGAAGUGAUAUGUAAGUAAUGUGAAAAGCCAAUAUAAUGUGAUAGUUGCUUUAGAUUGAGUCACAAGAAUUACAAAAGAAGAAAUCACGAGUUCUAUUUGAUGAUAAAAAAUAAAUUCAGAGAUGCUAAUGAAUAAUUUGAAAAUAAAAAGCAUGAAAAAUAAAAUGAAAUGGAUGAAGUAUUAUCAAACUAAUGAUAUAUUAUAUAUAUAAUAUUCAUCAAAAUUACUUUUUUA